GCCAAGGGUUAGGGGGCGUGGAAGGAGCCGCUUCGCCCGGAGUCUCCUUUGCAACGCGGGCGCAUGAGAGCGGCGGGGCAGCGACUCAUGAAGGUGUUCGUGACGCGGAGGAUCCCCCCGGAGGGGCUGGCGGCCUUGAGCCGGGCCGGAGACGUCCAGCAAUGGGAUUCAGAUGAACCAAUCCCAAAGUCUGAGUUGCUGGCGGGGGUGGCUGGUAAGGAUGGUCUCCUGUGCCUCUUGUCUGACCGGAUUGACAAGGAAGUCCUGGAUGCUGCAGGACCAUCCCUUAAGACAAUCAGUACGUUGUCCGUGGGAUAUGACCAUCUUGCCAUUGAAGAAAUAAAAAAGCGUGGGAUCCGUGUGGGAUACACGCCAGACAUCCUGACAGAUGCCACCGCUGAACUCACAGUAGCUUUGCUCCUAGCAACGGCCCGCAGGCUGCCAGAAUCUGUGGACGAAGUGAAGAACGGUGGCUGGACCACAUGGAAGCCUCUCUGGAUGUGUGGCUAUGGACUUUCCGGCAGCACCGUUGGGGUUAUAGGGCUAGGAAGAAUAGGGCAGGCUGUAGCGCAUCGUCUGAAACCAUUUGGAGUCAAGAAGUUUUUGUAUGCAGGACGUCACCCCAAACCUGAAGCUGCUAUGGAACUGAAAGCUGAGUUUGUGCCCCUUGCCAAGCUAGCAGAAGAGUCGGACUUUGUCAUUGUGACAUGUUCUCUGACACCCGACACUCAGGGGAUGUGCGAUCGGGACUUCUUUUCCAAGAUGAAGAAGACGUCUGUGUUCAUCAACACAAGCAGGGGCACUGUUGUCAAUCAAAAGGACCUUUACGAAGCUUUAGUCAAUGGCCACAUCGCAGCAGCGGGCUUGGAUGUUACAACCCCAGAACCUCUGCCUACUGAUAAUCCGCUUCUUUCCCUCAAGAACUGUGUAAUUUUGCCUCAUAUUGGAAGCGCCACCUACGCCACAAGGAAUGCCAUGUCAGUGUUGGCUGCCAACAAUCUUCUGGCUGGACUGAAAGGAGAAAGUAUGCCAAGUGAACUCAAGCUGUGAGAAGCAAGACUGGAAGAGUUUUGAAGGAUUUUUUUUUACUUUUUGCCCCAAAUGGAUAUUAAAUGGGACAAACUGUCUUUCAAAUAAAGCAUUAAAACAGUG